GUUCUCCAUACUUCACCACUGCUAUGGUGGUGCGUGAGCCGAUGAAUGAAGACGAGCGGCAGAACGACCUCAAGCUGCAGGAGGUGACGCCGUUGGCCAGCUCCUUCGAUGUAGACGAGGCACAUAUGUCUUCUGACUACACGAUCUGGGAAGAUCACCUGGGAAUGCCGAUGCACCUCCUGAACUAUGCGUUUCCGGCAUGGUAUACCAUGACCUUCAUCCCAUCGGUGCUUAUGACGACAGUGGCCUUGGCUUUUCUUCGAAGCAAUGAAAUUUUAUUCGCAAAGUCUAUGGCGGAGUCG